AUGAGUGUACUGAGCCGAGCUGCGACCAGCACCGCCGCCUACGCCGCUCUCUCCGUCGCAUUCAGCUUUCUGUUUGCGAGAUCGGUGUCGCAGGAUCGAUGGAUCAAGCUGCUGGAGGUGGAGAACAAAGUCCUGCUCGCGGAAAACAAGCUCAUGGGAGGCACAAAAUGGGACUGGAAGCAGAAGCUCUACGCAGAGACCGAAGAAAAUCGCCAGAAUGCCCCUGCGCCCAUCUCCACUCUCAAGUCUCCCUAUGGUGAGGCUGUCGCCGCCCCGACCUCCGCUGGCCGAGAUGAUAAGCAAGGCGGCCCCGGCCCCGAGCCAAAAAUCAUGAUCUUAUAA